UGUGUCGGAACUUUAGUUUCUUCGGAACCGUCCACAUCUAGACUUCUAGAGCUUGAGCUCUCGUGCACGGUUUCGAAGCACUUUUGAGUUGUUGUGGAAAGAAUCAGCUGUAAAACAUCUCGUGUGUGUGUGCGUGCGUGCGGUGUGUGCUAGUGAAGCUGAUAGCCGUUAAACGACCCAACUCGUCGGGUGCAAAGGAUAUAAAAAAACAUUCUAGCGGGUGUCACGCAUUUGUUUGCGAGUCGAGUCAUUCGCUGUAAAUCAGGCUAAGCGAGAAUGGCGGUCAAAUACGAUGCGGAUGCGGACAAGGAAGGCGUCGCCAGUGGGUCGAAAGCACCACCAUCCUCACCAAUACACGACGACAAUCAAACAGAUCCAACCUUUCAAGCCCUUACACCCAUGAUAGAGGAGCAGUACGUUUACUACCCGGAGGACGUGUUUGUGAUGAUACAGGUCGUACGCAUCAGAUGGUUGCUGCGUCUGAUUAUCACCCAUCUGGUAUCUCAAGGGACAGUAUAUGUGCCAAACCGUAAUGUUGGUGUUGAUGUACUAUUAUGGCAUUUAAAUGGUAACACCGAUGCUGAAGCAGAAGAUGAGGAGUAGAAGAAGGAGGGACCGUAUGAUGUCAUCGAUUCGCUCAGCGGCAGCCAGUGGCAGCUCAGCUUCUUUUCUGUUAGUAUGGACUCGGAUCGGAGGACACGUUUUCGAGUUCUUGGACGAUACCAAACAUCACCGCAGUCAUCCUGUUGUUAGCCACAUCAACAAUUUCACCUAGUAGUAGCGUACUUGAGAUUCUGUAGUGGUUUUUGCUACAGUGUGCCAUCUCCUUACCAUCCUACAACAUCCUUACGUAAGCAUGUUAGGGAUGGGAAAAUAAUAUUAGAUGUAACUGCUCAAAGUUUGCAGCGAUAGACCAACUGCGCGAUGGUUUAUCGCUCCACACUUUGUUUUGUUUUUCUUUUACUUCUACUUAUUAAUCUUAAUGGGUUCAGUUUUCUAUAGUAUUAAAAUGAAUCCACCUGUACAUAUAGGUUCGACCAGCAUCACUCUACAUCCAAUUGCGACAUGCAAUCGAUACGGUGCCUUUUUGCCCACUGUCCAACCCCAAAACGUCAGCUCAAUGCGUUUGAAUGGACUUUAAACGCAUUUGACGCCAUGUUGUAAAUAUUUCGACACGAGGCAAAGAGGUAACCCCCCACUAGGAUCUGCUUGCACUGACAAGAAGAUGAAUAAGCUAGUUUAAGCGGAAUAGUAUCUAAGUUUAGGAAAUAAGGAAUAAUAAUACCUAAGUUUAGGAGAUAAGGGAUUUACCCUUUAGGAGGGUAAAGGCGUGUGUUGGUUGGUGUUUAGCCAGCGCUAAUAGUUCGUUUGAUCUGAACUGUUAUUUGUAUUAAGUCCAGUUCAACUACCAAACCAAGGGCCGGGGUAUCUGCAAUGUACAAACAUGGUUUAGAUGUUUGUUUGUUCCUUCGCAUUGUUGCGAAAGACAAGCAAAACUCGAACCAUUUUAGGCGAUAAGGAAACAGAAAACUGUUGAAGUAAAAAUUAAGAUAAGUCUCACUUCAGAUUUGUUUAGCUGCACUUAAGUGUAAAUGCGCAGCUGUACCUGUAUGAAGGCUUCAGGGUUCGUUCUUAUUUGCAGACUGUCCAUAAUCUAAUGUACAAAAUGUUUGUACGACAUGUAAAUAUCGGACACGAACCAAAUAAGUAACAAAAUUAGACAUUUCAACAUUUCUAUUAGAUUCAGGGAAAUGAUCCACUGUUAGUAAGGAAACACGCGCGCAGGAGCUCUUGUAGGUAGUGCUAGUAGGUGAAAUGUUUGAUGAGGCCGGCAAUCAGGCAAACAAGGGCUAUAAAAUUGUUCUAGAUUUAGAAAAAGGACUACGAAUAUUGUCUACUUCUUUAUUCAUCAAAGCAUUCUCAUACUCUUGCAAUGUGUGUCCAACAAAAAAAGAGGUAGAGAGCGAUAGUGAUCGCACCACUUGUUGCCAGUUCGGAAUGGAACUCACGGCGGCUGCUCUAAUCGAAGGUGCUCGUACAAUCGGGCUGUGAAUAAUCCCUGUUAGUGUUGUUGUUUAUAACAUUGUUAUCAUCACACGUGUCUACAUAUACUUCCUGCAGGUGUAUUUACUCGCUUCCUAGCCACAUGCCAAUCAAUGGUGCGCACCACUUCGCUGCUAAAUGUUAGAAAGGAAACCCAUCACUAUUAUUAGCAUCGGCUUUAUCAGCUGAGUGCAACUACUAACCAGCCGUGUAUUAGACUACAACAUAAAGACUUGCAAAUAGCCUUGAAAAGAUACUAAUAACCAUCGUAUAUAUGUAAUCAAUGUAAUCAAACGUUUCCUCCUACUUUCGUAAAUAAAUAAUCAUAUGUGUGUGUUGCACUUGCU